CAAAAGACUCUCUCUAUAUAUAUAUACACACACAUAUACACACACAGUAUAAGUUUUAAACAAAUUUAAUACUGUACACAGUGAUGAUAAUUGUGAAGCUUGGUUGAGGUGGUAGAGUCAGAGGGUGGGAUAUUUCCCAGGGAAUGGCUUACUGCUAAAUGAUGAACUAGCAAUUGGCUGAGCCCUCAAGGGUUAACUCAUUGAUGUUACUGUAGCCUCACACUCUACAGGGCAGCAGGAAUGGAGGGAGGGGAGACAGCAUGGCAGACAGAGACAGGCACACACACUCUGUGUGUGAGAGAGAGAGAUGCGCAUUUCCCCUUUUCCCCUUCAAGUAUGCCGACCCCACUCUUAAGUACACUACCUUGUUAAGUUAAUCAGCAAGCUGAGACCACAGCAGCUGCUGACAGGAAGCUCCCUCUGUCCUGAGCCCUGUCCUGUGUCCCCCUACUCUAUGGAGAUGGGGUAAGCAGGGUGCAGGAGCAGCACAUGGCAGUGCGGGGAGGGACAGCUGAACUGCUGGCAAUUGAUAGCCCGCUGGGCGACUGCUGCACAGGGAACUUAGGGGAGUUGAUAGGGGGCUGCCGGUCCCAACCACAUCUUAUCAUUAGUACUGUUCCCACAAUACUAUUCACAUGGAGCCCUGAAACUGGCUGCUAGAUUACUGAGGGUAAAGUUGCAUGGUCGAAACAUGUAGCUCAUACUCUCCUCUGCUUUUCUUUUAGUUCCAUUAGCCAUCAUCUCCAAGUUGCUUAUUAAUUCCUUGUCAAGUUGACACAAGGCAGGAGAUGACAUUCUGUUGGGGUGGCUACACUAGGGAAAAUGACAAAUGUUCUUUGGUGUUAUUCCACUCCUUGCCACAGCCUGUCUCGCUGAGGUUUCUUGAAGGAGGAACUAUCUGCCUUUCCAAACAAUCAAGGCUGAACGAGGACAUGCCUGCUCAGUGAUAUUUGAGAAACUAAUUUUAGGACUUAUGAUUAAUGUUAUGGGAUACAAAUAGCACUUUUUAAAAGCAGAGAAAAAACAAGAGCAUGACUCAUGUUACGGCACUGCAUACGUUUCUACUAUGCAGCUUCUGUCAUAAAAUGAAGCAGCAGCAUUGUUUCCCUGACAGCCGAUACACAGAGCUGGACGAAACACAGGGAACGCGUUUAACAUACAGUUACACCCCUCUUCCAAAAAGAUCCAAAUGCGCUUUGCAGACUGUAUAUAUUAGGAUCACUCGCUGACUAUUAAAAUGAAACUACAGCUGAGGCAGAAUGCAAAAUACACUCUGCAUCAGCAACACCAUAUAACAGUUCUUAGGGAGAAAAGUAAAGCAACCUAGCUACCAUAAUGACGGGGCAUUUAUAAUAUUCUAUCUGGGAAUGUGUCUCCAGUUGAAAUUAGAUGGAAUUUAGGCAGCAUGUAAUUAGACAAAGUGGGAUGCAGCCAGCACACGGGCUAGAUCUACUCACACAAAUAGUGCUAUGCAAACUUUAAUGAUUACAAGUGAGAAGGAAUUUUCUUUUAUACCCUCUCUGAGAGGUGAUACUGUUAGCAGCACAGGGUCCCAUAACAUCACACCAGGAUACCGUUUCAAAAGAUUCUGUGGAAAGAAUACCACCUUCUGAAUUGCUAGCAUCACUUAUUCCUGCAGCAUUCUUGCAGCUCUAUCCAAGUAUACUGACCAGCCCAGACCCUGCAUAGUGUACAGGGGUUCUCAGGACAAUUUUUUGGUGCCCUCAAAGUGUGGCCACCAACUUUUGCUGAUGGGCCACUCUCCCACUUUUUCCUAAAAUAUUUAAUUAGCUUUAGGAAAAACAAAUAAAUAUGCACAGGUCCAAACCAUUGUAAUUUAUUUAUUGCUAGCUAGUAAGUCUGUUGUGAAAGUGAUAUUAACAAACAUACAAGUAUCAUUUUUCACAGCAGACUUACUCAGCCCUGCCAAGACUGGAGACAAAUUAAGACCUGGAUGGGAAGUCAGGGGAGGCAGCGGGGGUCUGGAGCCCAAAGCCCUGCAGCCAAAGCCCAAAGCUCUACAGCCAGAGCCUGUGCCCCGCCACCCCAGGGCUGAAGCCCAAAGCCUGAGCCCCACCAUCCCUGGGAAGGUGGGGAACGCACCGGCUGCCUGCUCCUCAAGGUUGUGCCCCAUGUGUCUCCAGAGAGGGGUAGGGCCCAACCACCGCUGGCAGACUCAGCAAUCAACACUAAGCUGGAGCAUCCAUGAGCAAGGGAAAGGAGGGCAUGAGACUACUUCCUCCCCCCCUCGCCCGCCAUCACAGCCCAGAUUGCUGUGGCGGCAAGAAAAGCCCCUGGUGGCCACAUUUGAGAAAUGCUGGUGUAAGAUAUCUGAUGAAAUUAUAACACAAGGUAGAAUGGCAAAUGGCUUUCUUGAGGCUGGUAAUGGAAAAAGAAAAAUUAAUGAUAACCAAGAUAAGCCUAUUUUACAUAGUAUAUGGCAGGUCUUUAUCUUUAGAAAAACUUUAGAUUCUCUCCAUGCUCACAUUCUUUUGCUACUCUGUGCAAGGGACCAGAAUAUGGACUUUUUCAAAAGGAGAAUUCUAAACAAGGGAUACAGUGUGGGGGCUUGUCUCCGAGUCUCCAGUUUUCCUAUGCAGGCUCCCUAGUGGCAGUUCAGCAUUGACGUGCAGGAGAAAACUGCCCAAUAAGGAUGACUCCUUCAGGUGGGAGGCUUGGCCCAAGAUCCGUCUUUCCCUGCACUCUGUUCAGAGAAGGAGCUAGAGGUUGGUCGGCUCCUUCCUUUCCCACCCAAGAGCUGGCUGGGAAGGAGCAGCACCCCUUGCAGUGCACUGGUAUCGUUAUCUUUAUUAUCUGCACUGCCACUUCAGACACAGACAUUAGCUAGAAGCUUGAAGCUAAUCAGCUUCCUUUAGCAACGACCAUCACUGUGAUAAAGAGAUACACAUCCUUAUGCAUAUGCAGUCAAUCAAGCAUACUGAAGCAAAUACUGAGAAAAUGCAUGUAAUUUGCUGAUUUAGCCUUAUUUCUGUUGUCAUUCUCUAUUAUUGUCAACUCGGUGUUAAUAGAAUGUUUUGCUUUAAUACUUGAAUUACAUUAAUACCUCACAUUAUUACACGUACAAAGCCAAACAUGACGCUAACUUAGUUGCUUACAACCUCAAACCUUACUCCUAAUACACAUUCCAAUAAAUUUAUUCUGUAAAAACAAUACAUUUUUGUUUUGUUUUUUACAGUAAACUUGUCAACUACAAACCUUGAAUACGCAAAAGAUGUUCCAAGGACAAGCACAACAAGGAUUGAUAAAACCAGACUAAAUAUGUUUUCACAAUAAAAGCUGGCAUAAAAAUAAAUAACAUUCUCUAUUAUCACAAUAGCAACAAUAAUGUACACAGAAUAAUGGUUUUGGAAUGCUUACUCCCUAGUCUAGAUCUAUUUCCAAAAUUAAAAACAAAAACCAAAAACAGAAGAAUGAUAGGAUCCUUUUUUUAAGCCUUUCAAUAGUGAAAAUUCGAUGUUUUGGUUUGGUUUCAUAAGGUUUCUGUAUCACAAUAAGCUUAGAAAUGGAAAGCAUUCUCUAAGCAGGCAGUGACUUAUUGAAAACUGCCCACGGAUAACUAGGCCGAGAAAUCCUGCUCUCUGUACCCUUUUGUGCAAUUAUUUGUAUGCAAAAUGUUGCCUUCAGGAUUCAGUGACUAUGUCCAUCCCCAUAUUGGCAGAAGUCAGCUCUAAAAGAAGCUACAAACUAGGUUCAAUUGAGAGCCAAAAUUUCAUAGGCUUUUUCCAGCAAUAGCUGAACCAUCCAAACCUCCUAAGUCUGCAUCAUUGGAUUGGAAAUCUUAAUAGCACAGCCUCUCAACAAAAAGUUCUCCUCUCAGGCAUGCCAGAAUAGAUCAGGAGGAACUCCACUGAAGGCAAUAGUCACACUGGUAUAAGGAUCAGGCCCAAGGUAUGCAGCAUUGUGGGCUUAGCAGAGGGGCCAGCAACACAAGGCAAACACCCUUUAUCAUAGUAUUUCUGCACUGGGAGGUUGGCUCCCCAGCUGGAUGACUUCUCUGAACAUUUCAGAGCCUCACAGACUAUGUCUACACAUUUCCGAGUGAGCCUCCCAGGCCGAGGGGACAGAGGCUUGGGUCUGGAUACAGAGGUGGAUUUGGCUGGGAGAGGGAGAAGAACAGCGGUUACUUUACCUAUAUGAGUUGGCCCAUCCCUGCUGCACAGGCCAAGCCUCAACUGGAGUGGGCAGCACAGGGUGCAUCCCCCAUUACUGGGAUGGGGAGAUCAGUCCCAAGAAUCAGAGUUUCCCUUCAGUUCCCAUUGGAAGGACCCGCUCCUGGCAGAUCAAGCAGAGGGCAGCACAGGAGUCAGUCGGGCUGAGGUAGGGUUGCCAAGCCUCCAGGAUUGUCCUGGAGUCUCCAGAAAUUAAAGAUUAAUUUUAAUUAAAGAUUUACACAAUGCACAGUCAACCUGUGGAAUGCCUUGCCAGAGGAUGUUGUGAAGGCCAAGACUACACAGGGCUCAAAAAAGAACUAGGUAAGUUCACAGAGGAUAGGUCCAUCAAUUGCUUUUAACCAAGAUGGGCAGGGAUGGUGUCCCUAUCCUCUGUUUGCCAGAAGCUGGGAUGGGCAAUGGGAUGGAUCACUUGAUGAUUACCUGUUCAUUCCCUCUAGGGCACCUGGCAUUGGCCACUGCCAGAAGACAGGCUACUGGGCUAGAUGGACCUUUGGUCUGACCCAGUAUGGCCGUUCUUAUUAUGUCAUGUAAUGAAACCUCCAGGAAUAUGUCCAACCAAAAUUGGCAACCCUAGGCUCUGGGGGUUGGAGGCAUAAGCUAGGCAUAAGCAAACUAAGCAAUUGCUUACAGUCCCAAGCAGCUCCAUGGACCACUGUUCCCUCUAAGCUGUGCGCAUGUGCACGCGCACACAGAUCCUAAACCCCGCACACACAGCAAAACACUGCGCACACAAAAAUUUGCACAGAAGCACAACAAUUUGCACAGAAGAAAUUUUUUGCCCACACAACCUGUCAAAAAUUAGAGGGAACAUUGCCAUGGACCCCCUAUUAAUUAUUAGUAUAUGUUGUGUGUGGUGGGGGGAGAGGGGGCAAAAUAUCCUUCUUUAGGGCCCCCAGUGGGCUAGCACCAGCACUGGUCAGAGGGACUCCUGGGCGGCUGAGCUAGGGGAAGGUGGGGGGGGAGGGCGGGACUCCUGGCAGGGUCAGUUCCCAGGGGCAUGGUAGGACUCUGGCCUGGCAUCACCCACCCAGGGAACAGGGUUACCAUACUUCAUGUUCCCCAAAAGAGGACACUGGGUAGAAGGGAGCAGGGAGGCGCUGGAAGGGUGUGUACUACUGGGAGGAUUACCGGUUGGAGGGGGGUCCUGGAUGGUACCUGUGGUGCGGAUACUCACUGGAGGUGAGGGGCAGUGUCACUCCCUGUCACAGUGGCACGCACAAGCCAAGGACCCAGUGCCAGCCGUCCGUCAGUGCCUCCCUGCGGGACCCCCUUCCCACGAUUGGAACCGGGGUUGCAGGGGGAUGGACCAAUCGGCUGCUGCAGAUGCCGGGGAGGGACCAAUCGGGGCUCUUUCUGAGCUGCAACUGUCUGCUGCAAAAAAAGGACUGGACCUCACUUUUAAACUGUUGUGAUUCUCAGAACGCUGGGCGCAACUGACUGCGGGAGGAAUCACGCGGAGCCUAAAACCAGCCCCUUGACCUAUUCAGCCAGCCCCGCCCACUCUCUAGCUGCAGGCCAGGCCAGGCCAGGCAGCCAGAGCGAGAAGAUGGAAGCUGGAGAGAGAGCCGGGAAAAGGCAAGUCUCCUUGGGCAAGGCAGCCUGCAUCCUCACUGGGGCAUCCCGGGGCUUCGGCCGGUGCCUGGCACUGCUGCUGGCCCCGCGGCUGGAGACUGGCUCCGUCCUGAUCCCAGUGGCCCGAUCCCAGGGGGGUUUGGCCGAGCUGGAGGCUGAGCUGCGGUCCAGUUUCCCCAGCUUGAAAGUGCAUUCCGUGCAGGCCGAUCUGAGCACGGAGGACGGGCUACAGCUGGUGCUCCGAGCAGUCCAGGACAAGCUGCCUGGAGUGGCUAAUCUGGAGCGGCUCCUCAUCAUCAACAAUGCAGGAUCACUUGGAGACAUUUCCAAAUCCUUUGUGGAUUUCACCAGCCCAGCCGAAGUCAACAGCUACUUUGCCCUCAAUGUCACCUCGGCUCUUUGCCUCACAUCCUCCAUCCUGAAGGCCUUCCCAGGGCACCCUGGCUUGUGCAAGACUGUUGUGAACAUCUCUUCACUAUGUGCCCUGAAGCCCUUCAAGAGCUGGACGCUGUACUGCACGGGGAAGGCCUCGCGAGACAUGAUGUUCCAGGUGCUGGCACUUGAGAAGCCGGACGUCCGCGUUCUCAGCUAUGCCCCAGGGCCUCUGGACACGGAAAUGCAGCAGCUGGCCCGCACGAAGUCCGGAGACCCGGAAGUGCGGCAGCAGUUCCUCCGCAUGAAGCAGAGCGGGCAGCUGCUGGACUGCAGCGUGUCCGCCCGAAAGCUAGUGACGCUGCUGCUGGAGGACACCUUCGCCUCUGGGGCGCACCUGGACUUCUAUGAAGUCUAAGCCGCCACGCUUCCCCCCACCCCACACACGCCUCCGCGUCCGCGGCUGUGACCGAGCUGCCUAUAAAAUGGCCGCGGCUUGUGACUCUCCUUUCUAAGCCCCACCGGCGGAGAGCGGACCGCCAGGCAAGAGGGGCCCUGCCCGGGGAGCUGUGGGAGCCCUGGGGCACUCCCCGGACAGGUCACAGGGGCAGCAGCCAGGCCGGCCUGGAAGAAGCAGAGGGGGCAGGAGCACGGGCUGGGGGGGGCCACAAACCGCGCGGCCACCCUGGCAACCCCCGCCGCCCAGGGCGCCCCCAACUCUCAGCUGCCGGCCCGGCCGCGCGUCUCCGCCGCCUACGCGGCUCGGGCCCCGAGCUGCCCCUCCUCCAUCCACCUCGCCCCGCGCCGUUGCCCCCUCCCCGUGGCCCGCCGCGCGCCGGGAAGGCAGUUGCCGCAGAUGGUACCGCGCAUGCUCCAGUGUCCGGCCUCUGCCCGCCCCAGUCGCGGCGAGGUGGCUCAUCCCCGGGGCGGGGGGCUGAGGUGCCCCAGGGUCUCGGGCGUGGCGGCUGCCGGUAGCGCGGGGCAGGGCCCUCCCGAGGCCGGAGCCACCUGCAGCGCUUCUCAGGCCGGGCCUCCGCCGCGGUAACCGCUGAGCCACCCCCAGCGCGCUAUGGCGUUGGCUCGCCUUGGCAGAGCCCGGGUCCCCCCCGGGACCGGCCUUCCCUCCCCGGGCGCCCCCCCCGGACUCCGCCAUGGGGCUCGGCCCGGCCCCUGACUCUGCUCUCCCGCCUCAGUGCUCCCCCUCGGGGCGGGCCGCGGCUCGGCAGCGCGCACGUGGGAGCAGGAGCCGUUCCGCCUCCAGCAGGGACACUGGCUGCAAGGAGAAGUCGUGAAAUCAAAGUAACAGGAGUUCCCUUAAUACACCGACCAGUGAUGGCAGGGGCUGGCAGGACAGUUAAGGGCAGCCUUGCAAAACUUUUCACCACUUCCUCAGAAAGAGGAGUUGUUUAAAUGUCAUUAUUAAUUAUUAUUAUUUUAUCAAUCAUCAUGGUAAAGGAUGAGCAAGUACGUUUUAUGGCUGGGCUGGGCAAUUUUCAUGACUGUAUGCAGGUCUGGUUAACCCUGAAGCAUUUUUGAUAAGGUGGAAAGUUGACUGUCCAUUCCUGUGACAUCAACUUUGUACAUCUUUGAAACAGGACACUCCCCAGGGCUCUGAGGCUUGCAAGUGAAUACCUGCUAAAAGAUAUACAUAUGGUAUGAGCCGCAAAAUUGUGUUUCUUCUGGCUAAGCUAUUACCCAUUCCUUAGACUGUUAUUGCUGUUCAGGGUAGGGACUAUAUGUUAUGUUUGUACAUCACCCAGCCCACAAUGAAGCUAGAGCAUGUAGAUGCUUCUGCAAUACAAAUUUAAUAAAUCUGCUUAUCAUGGGGGAGAGGGGGGGCGUGCUUGGUCCCUCGGGCUUGAUGCCUUAUUCCUGGGAAAAUGGCAUAACACCCAGAGACUAUGAUUUUAAGUUUUUACAAACUGGAAUAGAAUUUUGAAAUUAUAUUGUGCUUCUCAUACUCCUAAUAUCUCACCUACUUUACAAAGCAAUGAAUGGGAUGCAUAUGUGCAAGAACUGUGUAAAUAAACAAGAAUCAGAUGCUCACAGUG